GGCAUUCGACCUCCGAUCAUGAAUGGGCCCAUGCACCCGCGCCCUUUGGUAGCGUUGCUGGAUGGCAGGGAUUGUACAGUAGAAAUGCCUAUUUUGAAGGAUGUAGCCACAGUGGCAUUUUGUGAUGCUCAGUCUACACAAGAAAUUCACGAAAAGGUACUAAAUGAAGCAGUGGGUGCACUGAUGUAUCAUACUAUCACUUUAACACGAGAAGACCUGGAGAAAUUUAAAGCACUUCGAAUAAUUGUCCGAAUUGGCAGUGGUUUUGAUAAUAUUGACAUCAAAUCUGCUGGAGAUUUAGGGAUCGCAGUGUGUAAUGUGCCAGCUGCCUCGGUAGAAGAAACGGCAGAUUCUACCAUGUGCCACAUUCUGAACCUGUACAGGCGAACCACCUGGCUUCACCAGGCUUUGCGAGAAGGCACGAGAGUACAAAGCGUUGAACAGAUUCGGGAGGUGGCUUCUGGAGCUGCCAGGAUCAGAGGGGAGACCUUGGGCAUUAUUGGAUUAGGGCGUGUUGGGCAAGCAGUAGCACUACGUGCCAAAGCCUUUGGCUUCAGUGUGAUUUUCUAUGACCCAUACCUCUCAGAUGGCAUGGAGCGUGCUCUGGGACUGCAGCGGGUGAGCACUUUGCAGGACCUGCUGUUCCACAGUGACUGUGUUACCCUACACUGCAACUUGAAUGAACACAAUCAUCAUCUUAUUAAUGACUUCACCAUAAAGCAGAUGAGACAAGGGGCUUUCCUGGUCAACACAGCUCGAGGUGGGUUAGUAGACGAAAAAGCACUUGCACAGGCCCUGAAGGAAGGAAGGAUACGAGGGGCAGCCUUAGAUGUACAUGAGUCAGAACCAUUCAGCUUUAGUCAGGGCCCCUUGAAGGAUGCACCAAACCUGAUCUGUACCCCACAUGCAGCCUGGUAUAGUGAACAAGCCUCAAUUGAGAUGCGGGAGGAAGCAGCACGAGAGAUCCGAAGGGCGAUCACAGGUCGUAUUCCAGACAGUCUGAAAAACUGUGUUAACAAAGAUCAUUUGACUGCAGCUACACAUUGGGCCAGCAUGGAUCCCGGAGUUGUUCAUCCAGAGCUUAAUGGUGCUGCAUACAGCAGGUAUCCCCCAGGCGUUGUAAGCGUGGCUUCAACUGGCAUACCUGCAGCAGUAGAAGGAAUAGUCCCCAACCCUAUGUCUUUAUCACACGGCCUCCCUGCUGUAGCCCACCCGCCCCAUGCUCCUUCCCCCGGCCAAACUGUCAAACCAGAAGCUGAUAGAGACCACCCAAGCGACCAAUUGUAGCCUACGAAAACAGCAUUCCCAACAUCGGAGAUUUCAACUUCAGCGUGUGGAAAACAAACAAACAAAACAAAACCCUGGAUUUUGAUUAAAGGCAAAACCAUGAACUUACAGGAGGAGACGAUUAUUAUUUUAGAAACUGGUCCAAUAUACAGUAUAAAAGGAAAAGGUGGGAGACAAAAAGAAGAUUUGGAAACAUUUUUUCCUCCGUAUAAAUUGUAGUUUGUCCCUGUCCAGUGGACUGAUUCACUGUUUCUGUGUCCUAUGGGUUCUUUGUUAAGCAAGAGAAGUUAGUAGUUAAUUAUAUCAUGAAUGUACUUGUCUGUGUACAGUUUUUAGAACAUUAAAAAGGGUUUGUUUGCUUAGCUGUCAACAAGGAAAAACAUAAGGGAGGCAUUCAACAAACCAAUUUUGAGAUUAAAAAUCCUUUCUUUUAUAUUUUAAAACAUGCCCAAAAAUGAGGCAGUUGGCAAACUUCUCAGGACAAUGAAUUUUUCCCAUUUUUCUUUCUACGCCACACAGUGCAUUGUUUUUUCUACCUGCUUGUCUUAUUUUUUAGAAUAAUUUAGUAAACAAAAGAAAAACAGUUUCUCCUAAUUUUGGCAUGAAUUCCCUUAUUUCAAAAUGAAGACAACCUUGCAAAGAGAUUUUGAGGAAAAAAAAAAAAAGGUUUUGUAUAAACGAGCAUUGUGCUUUUUGUCACCAGUUAAAGUAUAUAUUAUUGGUGGUAUGCGAAAAAGGCACUAGACUACUGAAAAGUAGCAGCAUUUCAUUGCCUACAUUGAUUCCUUCCUGGUAAUGUGGUAGGCUAGCAAUAUUUUUGGUUAAAAUCAUGUUUGUGACUGUAACCAUUUGUAUGAAUUAUUUUAAAGAAAUAAAAAUCCCAGACAAAUAUCAUAUGUGUAAAAAUUUUUAUUUCUAGUAACUGUUUAUUCAACUUUUAUUAGGUUUCUUAGCUGUAAUUUUUAAACAGAUGCUGUCAAGUAUUUCAUUUCUAGCUUUUCUUUGCUCUCUGUUGUUUGUAAUACUGUCUUGGAAGCCUGAAAAAAUAAAAAAAAUAAUUCUUUCCAUACCA